AUGCAACGCACCCGAGAGAAUCUGACAUCCCCACUGAAGCGCUCAAGUACCACCCCCAAUCUCCGAUCGAAGGCUAGUCAAAUUGUGGAUGAAGAUGACGGGGAAGAGGAGGACGAAGAAACCCUACAGCUUCAGCUAGCCGAGAUCAAAGCGCGCCUGAAAUUGAAGAAACUACAGCAAAAGAAUCGCGGAAGGUCUAGUUCGAACCUCGACGACGAAGAUGUGCGACCAAAUUCCGCAAUCAGCGCUCUACGGACAGAAGACCGUGGAGCAACACCAAGAAUCCCCAAUGGAGCGAGGCAAAGAACGAGCAGUGAUGGAAUCCAGGUUCCGGCAUCACCUACCAGGCGAGAAGUUGCCAUCCCCGACCCAAUUUCGCCUCGGAGAUAUGUCAUGGGCAUAGAUAAGGGCUGGAAAGCCAGUGAUGUAUCCUUGAGACGACCGCCAAGCUCAAAGCCAGGCCCUCGACCAAGUAGUCAUAUGGGAUUUCGAGACGGUGCUACACCGCGCUCGAAUGACAUAUUCGGCUCCCGGCCCCAGACUUCUCCUUCAUCGGUGGGAGGGAUCAAUCGAAUAAAAAGUUUCAGCGAGAGAAUGGCGGAAGGCAGGGCGGCAGAGAAGUCUCGGCUGGAGAGAGCAGAAAGGGUCCAAGCUAACCGCAGUUCGGCUUUUCAAGUCGAUAAGUCGGAGUUGGAGGCCUUCAAGGCUGCAGCUUUUGAUACAAAUCAUUCCCCCCCACCGCCAUCGCGAGAGCGGUCCGUCGAAAGCUUCAGCCGUGAGGAUAUUCUUCGAUCUAUGGGACAAUCCCGCCCAUCCGGUCUACAGCGCAGUAAUACAACCCCCAACGUCCGGCGAGUUGAGGGCAGUGCUCAGAACGAGAGACCAUCUCAUCUACAUAGACGAACGCAUACGGCAGAGGGAGAACCAAGUUCCUCCCAAAAACUAGGGCAAACAGAUGAUUUGGUGAAGCCACCGGAUUCAUCAAAAUUCGAAUCCUACUCGUCACUGCAUCUAUCAAGCCGGGUUCUUCCGCAUUCUUUCUUGAGCCGCACACUCGCAGACAAGAAAGUUCUGCGCAUUCCUGAUCUACUCAAAACCGUCAGGGCACCCGCAUUCGAGCUCCCAGAGGAUAUUGAAGGGGACUUUGUGGUAUUUGGCAUCGUUGCGUCCAAGUCCGACCCCAGAGACAAGAAAGCUACCGGGAACGCGUCGGUUAAAGAACAGGAUCCUUAUGAUGAUGGGCUUAAUAACACGAACAGAUACAUGGCCAUUACCCUAACGGAUCUGAAAUGGACCAUUGAUCUCUUCCUUUUUGACACUGCUUUCCCCCGCUAUUAUAAAAUCUCGGAAGGAACUCUCGUCGCAAUUUUGAACCCCACAAUCAUGCCUCCCCCAAAACACAAGCUGGACACAAACAGAUUCAGCCUGUCUCUGUCCUCAUCAGAUGACAAGGUCCUCGAAGUUGGCAAGGCACGGGAUAUUGGGUUCUGUAAGGCUGUGAGAAAAGACGGGAAGACCUGCCAAUCCUGGAUAGAUGGUCGAAAGACAGAGUUUUGUGACUUCCACGUUGAUAUCCAGAUCCGACGCACUCAGGGCCAACGCUCGGGAGUCAAUGCUGACACCGGUAUGUUUGGUCCUGGUGGUAAAUCCGGCUCGCGCACAGGGCUGUUUGGGGCAGGAGCGAAGCGAGGAGGUGCUCAGAAGCAAGGCACGAAAUACGAUGGUCCGCAGUAUGACAUGGGAUCCCAAUCGCUCUACUAUGUUGCGCCCUCCAGGAACCGCGGCGGUGGCCAUUCGUCCUACAACCCCAUGGGAGGCUCAGCGGCAAGCUUGAUUGACGCACAUGACGAUCCAUUCAUCGCCUCAGGUAUGAUGGGUCGUGGUAUGGACAGCAAGGAGGAACGAAUGCGCAGGCGUCUUGCGACCCAACAACGAGAGCGUGACAUCACCCAAAAACUUGUUUCUGGUCGUGUUGGUGGUGUGGGCGCCGAGUACCUUCGCACAAGAACCAGCAACGAGAGUCCAAACAAAGAAAAAGCACCAGGAACGCCCUUGCCCAAGAGCCCCACCGCAACUAACGGCAUGGAUAUGGCCACCUUUGGCAAAGCAAAGAACGUCCGUUUAAGCCCAAUGAAGCGUGCCCAUGGCAAGCCCCACGGCAGCGGGGUCAAGAAGACGCGGUUCAUCACUUCAAGGGGUAUCAGGGAGGCUGGUCGGGAGAGCCUGGGUGCGCCAGCUGAGACCACACCCAGUCGGAGACAGGUACUCUUGGAUGAUGACGACGAUGAUGAGCUGGAGUUCAUUUGA